AUGGAGCCGGAUGACAACCUAAGCGAUAUGGACCUAUACGAGGAAGCACGCUUAGCGACCAACGAAGGGUUUGUGAUGGUAUCACGACCCAAGGUCGUGGUCUCGGUAGAACCAAGGACCACAGACUGGAGAAUCAAGGGCCGAGUCGUAAGGAAACGACUAGCCAACAACCAGUGUUGGAUAUGCGGAGAGAAAACACACUACGCCAACGACUGCACGAUUCAGAGGCGAAUCAUGAUCAUCGGCAAAGACGCUGAGGAAAUGGGGCACGAAGCCGUGCGCCAACAACCCUACUUCGAUAACACGGAAACUGAGGUCUCGGACCAAGAAGCUCCCGAAGUAGAAGAUACCGAGGAACACGAAAAGCUAUGUUG